GGCCGCUGAAGCCCCGCGGCUACGUCAGGGGCUGGGCACACAGGUGGGCCGGGGAGGCGGGGCUUCGAUGGGCAGGAAGGCGGAGCUGAAAGUUCCUACUCAGUGGAAGCAGAGAACCAGGAGGUGCUGGCAUGAGGCAGCAGAACUGGUAUGGGCUGUCGGCAAAGAUGGGCACAGUGCUGUCAGGGGUCUUUUCCAUCAUGGCCACCCACAUGCACCUCAUCUUCGAAAAGAAGCACAUUGGGAACGACAACUGCACCAGUAACCUCCAGAGUCCAGGUAUCCAUGUUGUGAGAUACUUCUUCAUCUGCUGGAGCUUCAGAAUCAUCCUCUUCCUCUCCCUCGUCACCAUGGCAGUCAGCUGCUUCCUCCUGUACUCCGUGUACGCCCAGAUUUAUGGGGGUCUCAUGAGCUAUACCAUCUGGAUCUUCACCUAUGAGUCCCUCAACCUGGUGGUCCAAAUCCUCACCAAUGAGUUCUGUGUAACCCUGGUCAGAGCCAUGCGCUGGUUCGGCUGGGUGUCCCGGGCGUCCCUACACAGCUUCUGUCUGUACUUUGUCGUUACCCACGCCCAAAUCAUCUACCAGAGCAAAAAACAGGGCAACAUACUCUCCUACCAUAGGCGCAUCUCUUUGGGAACUGGAGACACUCCACGGCGGAAAUCCAAGAUUCUAAAUUUUAUCUACCACCAGAAUGAGUAA